GAUGAAGAAGAUGAAGUGACUACCAAACUAAAGUGCUCUGUCUUUGAGCAUAUUGAGGGGGCAAGAUCAAGGCCCGCCAUCUUCGAUACAAUGGGUCUGAAGGCAAAGAAAGUUAUGAAGAAAACUUUAGAAGAACAGCUUGGAACAAGCCCGAUAAUGACGAAGCACGCUGAAGACCCAUGCAUGGGACAAAACUUCGAAAGAAAGCAUGUUCACGAAAGAUUGGGAUUGGAACAUAUAGACAAUAAAUCUGCUAAAGUUCUUUCCAGAAAGCAAAGUCUUAAAAGGCAUAGAAGUUCUAUCCCACCUCGUAUGAAACGAGAAACCGAUGUGAAGUUAACCUACGGAAGUGGACUCAAAGUCAAGCCAGUGACCAUUGUGCACACCCGUGGUCAAUAUGAAGACCAAUAUGAAGAUUCAGUACCCUUGAUGUUGGGGUAUAUAUAUGUCAAAUAAAGUGUUGAAAGGCUUAAACCACCAAUGAUGUUGUAAGUGGCUAAACUGCUAAAACAUCUCACUUUAUCUAUGGGUGAGCAUAAUGAUAGAUACUCUUGGCCCACGAGAGUUUAAAAUGUGUACGGCAAGCUCCUGGCCCGCAUGAGUUAAAACUGUGUACGGCACCCCGCCCCUUUAAAUUACCUAUUCAAAUGGUACUAUGAACUACGUUUGACUUGAUCUCCUUCAUAGGAGUACGUAGGCAGCUCAAAAGUUUCAUUUUUGAGUUCAGUUAUAACAAAACAAAAUCCAUUUAUGUUUUUAAAGGGAGGAUAUCAGCAAAAGGAGUACGAAAAACAAAGACAUACUGGAAUGGCGGAGUUCUCAAGUCUGUGCCUCACCUGAAAUUGAUUGAGUUGAGCCUCUAACAUCAUCUUCUAACAGCGCCCCCAUCGUAACAAUGUAUCAAGCGGUGUCACUCUAGCCUUCCCCAAGACGAAGUGGUCGGUCUUCACACUGGCAAAGUAGCAAACCUUCAAACCGGCGAAGUGGUCGUCCUUCAAACUGACGAAAUGGCCAGCCAUUCAUAAACGGCGAAAUGGCCGCCCUUCAUAAACGGUUAAAUGACCGCCUUCAUAAAAGGAGAAAUGGUCGCCCUUCAUAAAUGGCAUCAGUAGGGUUUCGUAUUCACCGACAAUCUCCUUAAUCCUUUAAAUCGGUGUCAUCCCAACAAAGGGCUAAGCAGCACCGAUGAUCUGAAGUCGGCUUAAUUCCUUAAAUCGGUGUCAUCCCAACAAAGGGCUAAGCAACACCGACAAUUGGGAAUCGGCCUAAUUCUUCAAAUCGGCGCCAUCCCAACAAAGGGCUAAGCAGCACCAACAACCGGGAAUUGGCCCAAAUCUUUAAAUCGGUGUCAUCCCAACAAAGGGCUAAGCGACACCGACGACCGGCAAUCGGCCUAAUUCUUUAGAUCGGUGCCACUAACCCAACAAAGGGUCCUAAGCAGCAUCGACAGGCGACAAUCAGUCUAAUUCUUUACAUCGGUGCCAUCCCAACAAAGGGCUAAACAGCACCGGCGAUUGGCCAAAUUCUUUUAAUCGAUGUCAUCCCAACAAAGGGCGAAGCAGCACCGAUAGUAGACAAUCAGCCAAAGUUCUUGCCUUUUCAAUGAAUGGCAUCACCUUCAAGCUGCUUGAAAUUGCAGAAUAUCGGACUCUUAGUUGCUCCAACAAGUGGAGAAUUAAUGCUUUAAAGGGUUUUAAGCACCCAAUGAUUUGACGAUUUGACAGCCCCUGCAAAAAAAAAAAGACCUAUAAACAUCUAAAAUUGGGUCAGAUAGCUCAGGUCUAAAAAAGGGGGGUGAAAAUCCUAAUGAGGCCUGAUAAUUAAUACUCCAUGAAUUAAAGCCCAUGACCAAAUUCUUUUGAAGGUUUCUCUGGAAUCUGGUCGUCGUCUUCACGCAAGGAGAAUAGCAGCCUAAGCAACUCCUUCAGACUUCGGACCGUCAUAUAUUCGCACGCAAAGCACCAGAACCUCCUUGAAGCCGCACACUGCUGCUCGUCAUUAGAAAUCAAACUCGAGCUCAGCUGCCGACCGCACAGGCCUCCGCCGGAAAUCGACCGUGAGCUCUGGAUGAACCGUGCUCCUUCACGAACACAAUAAUAUCAGCAUCGAUGGAGCUCCUUCUUCUCGCCAAGUCGGCAAAAGCGGCAUCUUCUCUCUCCAGCGCAAGGCUCCAACAAUGAAAGCGGGUCCACCAUCUUCUCUGGCAGCAACAUCACGAUCUGCAACGGGAUCAUCUCUUGGGCGACACCAACCUUUGACAGCACCAGAAAUCGAUCGGCUUUGAACCGUGCGUCAACAAACCCCCGGCCGGCGGCAUCACGAAAUCAGCUUCCUCUGCACCUGGGAUUCUGGACAGGCCUCUUGGGAUUCCGACAUCAAUUUCUGACGGCUUGAUGGCAUAACAGCAUCGGCGGCACAUGAACUUUAUCUCCCAUCAAAACUAGAAGCAGCAGAAUGGCUUCUUCCUCUCUCAAAAUCGGCUUUAGUGCGGCCUUCGUAGCAUCAGAAAGUGACGUGCAGUGUUCACAGGAAAUCAACCUCAACUUGACGCAACCACGCCGCUGCAGCUCCGGAAGAAACCUACUCCCCUCCUCGCUGAAUUGGUUUCAUCAUCUGCCUCACCAACGAGCUGGCUAGCUUCAGUCUCCGGCGGCAAUGAAAAAUAGCAACUUUGUUUCUCCUCCUUCCGGCAAAUUUCGAGCUCGGUUGAUUGAUUCCAUAUGUGGGUGAUAUUUGUCUCCAGAAAUCUCCCCUGCAAUAUGCCAAAGAAGAAAGAGAGAGAAAGAAUUAGAAUAAAACUAAAUUUACCUUGAGAUCUCUUGCUCCAAGGAAUUGGUGGAUCUUGGGAUCUCUAGAUAAUUAUUUUGCAGUUUCAGAUUGAUCUGAUCUCCUAUUUAUAAUUCUUGAAAGGAAAGGCGAUCCGGAUAAAACGCAGCAGUGGAAAUUGAUACGGAGAUUAGUUCUAUUAAGGAUACGUUUAUUCGGCGGGUAGAAGAGUUCAACUAUGACUCUACUCAAUUUGAUGCCGUGAGAUGAUUUUGAGGAUUGAAUUGAUAGGCUGGCUUCAAUUGCAUGACAAUUAUUUUGAUGUUUUGCAAAAUAAUACUCCACAUAAGUCAGCUUUAAAAAGGUUUCCAGGUUGAUUGGUUGUUGGCUAAAUAGGUUUUGGGCUAUCAAGCCUAUUCAAUUAAAGAGGAGAAUAUAUCUUCAAUUGACGUCUCAUCUUAAGUCAACAUGUGAUUUGGCCCAACUUAUAUUCGAGAAUUACUUUCUCGUCAAAGAACGUUCAAGCAAGUCUCGAGGGGGCAGUUGUGGACAUAUAAAAAUUGUUGGGCCAGUUGUGAUGGUCAUUAAGCUCUUUUGAAUGCUACCGGACUAUAUUAAUUCUUAUUCGGCAUCCUUUGAAUGGUUAUUGG